UAUUCUUUAUACUUUAAUUAUCCCAAUAAUGCGUGAGCCUUAUGACGUUGAUUGGUGUCGAAGAAUACGUUUUCCUAUUACAAAUAUUCAUCAAUUACUUGUCAUUCGGGAACUUGGUACAAGAAGGGAAGGAAGCAAUUUUAUUAAAGGGUCUCGUGAAUUUUAUCAAAGUAUUUCAUUAUCCAGGAAUGAAUAUGCUGUAGAUAGACCUCAAUUCUUUCCACUUCGCUUCACACCAGAUGGAAGUAAAUUAAUUGCGAUUUCUCCAAAUUUUCGUGAUAUAUUUAUAUUUCCUUAUGCUGGAGUGCAAUUUGGGGUAGAUAAAACUUGGAAUAAUCUUUUUUGGGCAAUUUUUCGAAAGAAAAUUAUUGUUCAAUUAAUCAAUCCUCUUGGAAAUCCGCGCUCUUCUGAGGCAUUUUAUUUUGGUAUAAUUUCAAGAGAAUGUGCUUUUAUUACUCCUGAUUCCCGCUUUUUGAUUGUUUUAUCAUCCUUUCCUGUUCCAGAAAAUCGUUCAACUUUUAAUGGAAUUUUAAGAAAUCAGGAAUCACUGCCACCAGAUUCUCAUCUAAUGCAUUUUGUGUUUUAUUCAAUUGAUUUAGAGAAAGGUCAACUUGUUGAGAAAUAUAAAUUCGAUUUUGACGAAAUCAACGUACAUAGCGGUGUUUACUUAUUGGAAUGGACACUCGCAAUUCUCUCUGUUCAACAUCAAACAAUUCACAUUCUUGGCAUCAAUAAACAUUCUGGUUCAUUUAUUCCUCUCAGGCAGAUUGGUCCUUCAGUUUUGGAUGAUGAUCAAUUAUGGGAUAAUAGAAUGAAUCUUGGUGAUGAUAGAAUUGAUGGAGUUUUUACAGCAUUUCGUCAACGUUUUCUAACGUUUUUAUAUAAACAACAUGCUACUAACGGAACUAUCAAUCAAUUUCUUUAUGAAAUGGAUUUUUAUACUCAAUUAAAAAUGCAAAAAAUUCAAUUUGUUGGUCCAGAUUUAAUUUUAAUUCGAAUGGAUUUACAUCCUAGACAUAAUGAUUCUCAUUCUGGUCAUCAAUAUUUAUUUGUUCUUUUUCUAUGGAGAGUUGGAGAAAUUUCUGGAGUUUUUGAUAAAAAUUCGCAACUCCUCUUUGAUGCUUUUGAAAAAUUUACUGAAAGCUUUAAGAAUGGACAUUUAAUUUCUAAUUAUUUUCCAACAUCAAUGGAGCAUUGUAGGGCACUUAAAAAACAGCAUCAAGCAAUUAUUAAAGAUCAAUUGAAGCAACAAAGUUUUGAACAAACUCGUCAAAGGUUUUUGGCAACAUUACCGUUACCAAAUACUCAACAUAUGAUUUCCUCCCCUUAUUUGGAUCCCAAUCUCUUCAGUGUAGAUGAAAGGCAGAUUUAUCAAAUUGAAAAAGGACGUUUUCAAUUAGACCAGCCAUUAAAAAUUUACAAUCUCAAAACAAAAACUUGUCAUGCAAAAUUAGAAUUCCAUUCAGACUCUAUGAGAGCCCAUCCAUCAUUUUAUGCACGUGUUCUUUUCCAUCCAAUCGAUCCUUUCGUAAUGUCUGUAUGUCGUGGAAUUCAAUCAGAUUCAAUCUCUAUUUAUAUGCCAAAAACGCCAACUAAAUGGAUUUAA